AAUUAAUUUAUAAAAAAAUAAUGAAUUCUCUUUACUAUAAAUAGUUUUUUUUGUUCUACUUUUAGCUUUCUCAUUUUUAUCUUGGAAAUUGCUAACACGGCACCUAAGCUCAAAAUAAAAUAUGCACGAAUGUUCUAUCAAACUCCAUAAUACCUCAACACAAAUCAAUCAAAAAUGCGCAAAACUAUAAAAAUCAAUUUGGAUUUUUGUAUCCUUUUCUAUCUGGUCUCUUUGGCUCUUUAGCAGGCACUUGUGGAAAAGUAACAUUUUAAGAUGAAGACUACUUUGCUUUCACUAAUAGCUAUUUAAAUUUAUCUGUGAGAGGAGCUGGUUUAGUUUUAGUUUUAUUUUUCAAUCAAUUAAUGAUGAAAUUCUUGUUAAACUCUUUCCAAUUAAAUGGCGCUACAUUAACAGUGCUACUAUCUUUCAUAUUCAACUCAGCAUCAAAUUGUUUUGUUGGCUAUUUUAUUUAUAAUGAAAGUAUUUCUAUGAGAUGGGGUCUUGGAAUGCUCUUUAUUAUGAUUGGAGUUCUCCUUCUUUCUGAUAAAAACAAAUUAGAAGCAAAGGAAGAAAAAUAAGAAAAAGACACAAAAAGCGAAAAUGCAAAUCCCUCUAACAAAUAGAAAGAUAAACAAAAGAAAGAUAAUAAAAAAACCUAAUGAAUAAAUUAUUCAAAAAUAUAAAAUAUUUUUUAUAAAAAUUAAAAUUUCUUAUGUUCAUUAAAAUUAGAUUGAACUUUUAAAAAAUCUUUUAAAAGAUACUUAAUCUGAAUAAUAAUCUAUAAAAAUAAAUAUUCAUUUCUUUUAAAACUAAAAUAUAUAAAAUAUUUUCUUUCUCUUUAUAUUCAUUUAAAUAGUUAGUUGCUUACAAUAAAUAUCAAAAGUGAGUAUUUUGAAUUAGAGUAAAAUUAUUUCAGAAAAUAUUAUUAAUUAUUUUUAAACUUAAAUGGUACAUGAUAUAAAUAGUCAG